CAAACACCAUCACAAGCCUUCUCUAAUAAAAGUCUAAGUACACAAAAACAAGUCAGCUACAAUGUCGAUGUCAAAAGUUUAUCUCUGCCUAAUCUUUCUCACCUUCCUCACUUCCCCACCUGUGCUCUGCUCUCGUAGCCCAAAACUCGUAGCAGCACCAGCCGCAAUGGACAAAAAUCUCGAGAAAACACAUGUUCAUCCACCAGCAUUGCUUGUUUCUGAAUCCAACAAGGUUGAUUCACCAUCCUCCAUGUCCAAGAUUGAUGAUGAGCCUGCAACAAGCUCUGCCAUUGCCGGCUUUUUCAGGUAUAGAUUCCCAUUCCAAGGCUGGCCUUUCCACAAGUAUGCUCCUUUCCCGCCUGCAAAUCCUUCUGUUCCUACAACACCGGCUACUGGAGCUGAGGAAGAGGAAUCUGAGAAGGUGCCUUCUUCGCCAAGCAAAGGAAACAGAGAUGGAAGCAACCCGUGAUGAAUGGAAACAAGAAA